AUGAACCCCGCAUUGGGCGAAGCACAGGGCUUGCGAAUUGCCGUCGAGGGCUGCGGCCAUGGUACGUUGGAUGCGAUUUACGCAGCAGUAGGCAAAGCCUGCGAGGUCAGAGGAUGGGAUGGCGUGGACCUCCUCAUUAUUGGAGGUGAUUUUCAAUCAGUACGAAAUGCUUCCGACCUUACUGUAAUGUCUUGCCCUGUUAAGUAUCGAGAGAUUGGAGACUUCCAUGCCUACUACAGCGGUGCCACGAAAGCUCCAUACCUUACAUUAUUCGUGGGAGGUAACCAUGAGGCAAGUAGCCAUCUCUGGGAACUCUUUUAUGGAGGAUGGGUGGCACCAAACAUAUACUACAUGGGAGCUGCUAGUGUUGUCCGGCUAGGAGGAGUGCGCAUCGCAGGCAUGUCGGGGAUCUGGAAGGGAUACAACUUCGACAAGACACAUUACGAACGGCUUCCAUACAGUCAAGACGAUGUCAGGUCAAUCUACCAUGUCAGGGAAAUCGAUGUCCGGAAACUGCUUCAACUCAGUACCCAAGUUGAUAUUGGGAUCAGUCACGAUUGGCCCAAAGCGAUUGAGAAUUUCGGAAACUCAAAGGCACUGUGGCGUUCGAAGCCAGAUUUUGAACAGGAGUCGAGAGAUGGCACACUAGGAAGUAAAGCAGCUGCUAUGGUCAUGGACCGACUCAGACCUCCAUAUUGGUUUGCUGCCCACAUGCACUGCAAGUUUGCCGCUACGAAGACCUACGAAGAUGUGCCAAAGCCCAACGGUGCCCCAACUUUGGCUACGGCCCCAGCCCCGGCCCUAGCUCCAACUGUCGUUCAAAGUGCUCCCGCUUCUUUACAGCCAGUUGCGCCUGUAGUUACCCGAAAUUUAGACGAAAUCGACCUUGAUAUGGACGACGAAGAUGAGAUUCCGGCCCAGCCUGUUGCGGCGAGUGAAACCGCUACAGCUAAUCAAGAUGAGAUAUCUUUAGAUGAAGACGAAAUGAACGAUGCGCCUACUAUGUCUUCUGUUCCUUUGGAUGUUAGAGCCCAGUUGCCUGCGGCUUUCUCGAGACCAGGAGCUAAUCUGCACACACAAGCCGAAGAGCCAAUACCAGAUGGUAUCACAAACAAGACUGUUAGAUUCUUAGCGCUAGACAAAUGCCUACCUGGUCGGAAAUUUCUCCAAUUGCUCGAGGUUAGCCCACUGAACGCCAUUGAGAAGCCUUCGCUAUCGAAUGGGUCCAGAACAAAGCCAAAGUUUGAGUACGACCCGGAAUGGCUAGCUAUAACCAGAGUUUUUGCUUCGCACAUGAUAUUUGGGAACAAGAAUGCACGAAAUCCGCGUGAUAUCGGCGUGGCCAAUUACCGCCCCCUGAUCGAAAAAGAGCAAGCCUGGGUCGAGGAGAACAUCGUCAAGCAAGGAAGGUUGGGAAUACCAGAGAACUUUACUCUGACAGCACCUGCUUUUGUCGUCGGAACGCCAGAAAUCGUGGAUGAGGGACCCCGCGAAUACAACAAUCCCCAGAUGCAAAUAUUCUGCGAUCUAGUAGGCAUCGAGAACAAAUUCUUCGCUACGGAAGAGGAACGAGAAGACAGGAUGAGGAAUGGACCCCCUCCACCACAACCAGGGCAUGAUGGAGGUUUUGGUCGAGGCCGAGUCAGCCGUGGGGGUCGAGGUGGUGGAAGAGGCGGCGGCGGCCGGGGUCGAGGACGAGGGAGAGGUGGUGGCGGGAGGGGACGAGGUGGGGGCUGGUGA